CUCCCUCUGCCUGUCAGCAGAUCCGCGCAUCUGAUUGGCCGGCCGGAUCACACCCUCUUACACGCUGAACAGAUGCUGCAGCCGAAGCACAUCUCCCUCUGCCUGUCAGCAGAUCCUCACAUAUAAUUGGUCCUCCGGAUCAUACCCUCUGACACGCUGCACAGACGCUGCAGCCGAAGCACAUCUCCCUCUACCACUUCACUUAGGCUCCGUCUGGAAGCUGCUCCUUGCAACCUCCCUGCUGACCAGCUUGUUUGCUUCACUGCAUCUACCCUUAACCCCAAAGGCACUAAGACUGCAUAUUAAGUUAUACUAAAAGUUGGCAUCUAAAGGAAGGGUAACCAAACCCCUACUUCCUAAUGAAAAGCAGUUAACUCUUUACUCCCCAAAGACUUUCAACUCUCUCUCUCUCUCCUGUAACAAGAAAACAAGGUUACUCUACAGGAUUGACCAAACCCCUGAUAUAUAUUCCUAAUAGACAAUCUGCAGUUGUGAUCCAUCUCAACUAAAAGGGGUUAUCUGACACUGUGGUAACCCAAUCAGAAGGCAUCCUGCAGAUGAAAAUAGACUAGAGCAUCGACUUCAAAGCCCUCUGUAAGAUUCUGUUCUCCCCUGCUCCAUGUACGUGUGCUUCUAGGCCAGAAGCAGCAACAAACUAUACAUUUGAACCACAAGUUGCUAUGCCUGAAAUAUUUAAUGGCAAUGUCUCAAUAUCAGACUUUUAUCACUUCCGGACAGUUUCUCUUUUCUUUACAACCUAGAACUUACCAUUUAGACUUUAUACGAAUUUGCACAGAAUUUCUCUUCUUACUGGGGAACCACACUUAUGGGCUCAUCAUUUUUAGCCACUCAUAACCCUAUCAUGGAGUCAUGGGAUUACUUAUUGCAAGGUUUGGAGUCGCAAUAUGAAGACCCAGUUAAGGCCUACACAGCUGAAACCAAAAUACAUGCUUGCAAACAGGGCUGGAGGGAUGUGGAAGAGAAUGUUACUGAAUUCUGGCCCCUUGGCACAUUAUCUACCUGGAAUGAAGCAACUCUCCUAGAUCAGUUUAGGUUGAUCCUAUCUGAAGGAUGAGCUUGCAUUAGUGGAAGUUUCCGCCACCUUAGAAAGCCUAAUCUCUUUGUCCAUUCAAAUUGACUGUCCUCUCAAAGAAAGACAGAUGGAAAUGGCAUCUGCUCCUCCAUGCAGACACCCUGUCUAUCAUCUGCCUACAACACCAGCUGUUAAUACCACAGAGGUGCCUAUGCAAAAAUAGAUGAUCUUAGGCCCUCUCCCUGACUCAGAAAAACAACAAAGAAGGUCUUUUGAAUUGAUGCCUCUAUUGUGGGAAACUUGGAACUGAUUUGGUGUCCUCACCUGUAUUUCCUCUGGUAGUUGGUCUCCUCUGGUUAAGGAGGCACAAUUCACUUAUUGAUUGGGAAACAGUUAAUUUCAGAUCCCAGUUUUGUCUUCACCAUUGCUUGGUUCCUCACAUCCAUUCCACUUUUCAACUACAAUCACCAUCCAGUACUGAACUACAACUCCCUGAGAUGUACCAAGAUUUUAAAGAUGUCUUUGAGAAGAAAGGAGCUGAUACUCUUUCUCCUCAUAGGGAAUUUGAUUGAGCAAUUCAUCUCUUAUCUGGGGCACGGAAUCUCUUUGUCUGUAUCUAUCCUUUGUCUGAGUCAGACCUAUGAGCAAUAUAUUGUCAAGAACCUACAAAAAAGGCUUGUUUUGAAGGUCCAAGUCACCUGCCUGGGGGAGGAGUAUUUUCCAUUGGAAAUAAAGAUUGAGAAACCCUUUGAUGACUUCUGAUACUGAAAACCCCAUUAAAUAACGGAGAAGGAAACUACAGUAACUGAAAAAGAAAGAUGUUAGCGGAGCACGGUGGAAUUAUUUUGCUGCUGUUACUUCAUCACACGUAUGCACUGGAAGUGACUGUUCCACCAUCUACAAAUGCUUUUGUUGGGACCAGUAUUCUUCUGCCUUGUACAUUCCGUGUGGAUAACCAACCUAUAAAUCCCAAGUACCUUGCCAUUUUCUGGCACUUUGGUGAAACAGAGCUGCUUAAAUAUGACAGCAAAGGGACAGUUCUGACAACCUCAAGGGCGACUAUAGAUGACCAGGCCAUAUUACAAGGCAAUGCCUCUCUGACUAUUCCUGGUGUAACUGUAUCUGAUGAAGGAACCUACAAGUGUCUAGUUAUUUACAGCCCCAACAGACAAGAAAAGCGAAUAAGGUUGAAUAUUAAAGCUUCACCAACAGUGAAAAUGAGUAGAAAAAUAAUAAUGGAUUCUAAGCAAACUGUGCUCCAGUGUUUAGUCACUGGCUACUAUCCACCUGAUGUUAUGGUGACUUGGCUUAAGAAUGGGAAAACGCUAACUAAUUCAGAUGUGAGCACACCACAGCGGAAUGCAGACGGAACCUUUAGAGUAAACAGCACAAUGAGCUUUACACCCACUGAGGUCAGAGAUCAACCAGAAAUUGUGUGUCAAGUGCAACAUAAUUCCCUCCAGAAUCCAAUCAAAGAUGGCGUAAAAGUGGAUGGAACUUUUCCUUCAGUGCAGAUUUUCUCCUCACCAGUUCAGAAGAAUUCAGAACAAUUAUUCAUGUGUGAAGUGAAUGGACUUGACCCUAAAUUUGUCAAAGUGAACUGGUUGCAGAAUGGGAGGGAUAUAGAGAUGAAGAACAUUAGUGCAAGCUCUGCUCUAUAUUAUUCCUUAAGACCAAUGCUAAACAGAGAACUCGAUACUAAUAUCUCCUGUGUGGUACAAGAUGAGUCACUGUCUGAUCAUAUCUCUAAUACGAUACAACUGAAAGGUGAUGGUUUCAGACAAACUAUCAGAUCGAGGGAAGUGGCAGCUGUUCUUCUGACCAUGACAUUCACAGCGGCUGCAGUUGGGCUUGUACUGUGGUUUUUUAACACCAAAAGUAAAUGCUUCCAGAGGUUUAGAAUAAGUCCCCUCUAUGGACCUCAGAUGUGGGAAAAUGACAAUAAAAUCACAUUAUACUGUACAGCGUUUGACUGUGUGAAGGAUGUCCAGGUGAUAUGGAAGGUGACUGAGAGUGAUGGAAAUAAGAUUAAAAUCUCAGAUAAUCAGACCAAGAGAGAUGAAGAGAAUACCGGGCUCAUCAGAGAUGACUACACUGUGAGAUCAGACAGAUCAGUGGCACAAGGGCUGCACAAUGUUAUCACCACCUUGUCAUUCAUACCCAGUGUAUUAAAACACAAGGACACCAACGUUACCUGCAAGUUUCUCUGUGAUGGGAAAUCCAAAGAAAAGUGCUUGAAAUUGCAAUACAAACUGCAAAAGCCAGAGAUAUCGGAGCCCAUACAACUAACCCUCUCUGCACCAGGAGAGGUGCUGUGCUCUCUGAAUCUGAGCAAGUUUUACCCUAAAGACAUCCAGAUUAGAUGGAGCUGUGGAGUUGGAAAUUACAAGGAACUUAGCACCAGUAAAGAUACAAUUACAGAUAAUAAAAACCAGACCUUUAAUGUAAGAAGUGACUGUAACAUCCCAGAGCAUCUUUUUAAUGAACCAGGAUUCAGAGUGCAGGUGACCUGGAAACAUGAAUCUAUAGACGAGCCUGAGAAAAGGGAGCUGUCUGCAAGAGAUGCAGCCUUUCCUUUCCGCCCAAUAAUGGCAGAAAUAACAAAACCACCUAAUUUCCGAUACCUUAAUGAAGCAAAGCUGCAGUGUAAAAUCUCUGGGUAUUUCCCUAGUGCCAUGGAUGUGAAGUGGUUAAAAAGAGAAGCUGGAAACCAGGAAUUAUUCCCUGUGUCUCAUGGUGACCAAUACAAGAUCCCUGAGCUGGAAGUGACCAGAGCAGCAGAUAACACGUUCACCUGCACAUCCAGUCUGAUUAUUGUCACUGUGUCAGCGCAGGGGGGCGAAUUUAUCUGCAGGGUGGGACAUCCCAGUCUAGAGAUACCCCUGGAGAGGAGCACAGGGCCACUCAUUGUAGAUGAUAAUUUAUGGGUGAAGAGCAUUUCAUGUCAUGGUGAAGCCAUCACAAUAGAGAUAAACAGCCUCAAGCCAGAAGACAUUGUGAUAAAAUGGAGUCAGACUGAGUCUAAAACUGAGAAUUAUAAGAAGAUCUCUGCCUCCAACAUACAACAAUAUUCUCACCCUAACAGUGACGGCAGCCGCACAAUAAAUAGUGUAUGUGAUUACAAAAGAUGGUUUAAUGAAUACAGAUGUGACAUUUACUUUAAAGCUGUGGUGGAGCACAAGAUGGUAAAGUGUCCAAAGGAGUUGAACGUCCGUUACAGCAAAGGAAAAUAUUACCUAAUAUCAGAAGGUAAUGGUGAAAUACGUCUGACAGACAAACCUCAUAUGGUUAAUAUAGUUGUCACUCAGAGUGCUGAACCAUAGAGCAGUAGUGAAUUCACUGCACACACAGGAGCAGAGCCUCUUGGAGCAACAGAGAAGUAAUAUCUGGGACACUGGGAACAAACAGAAAUAAAACGCAAGAAGAGAAAAAUCCUGUGAAAAUAAAUAAAAGUCAGAACAUGGUCCCUGAUUACCAUCAUUAUUAUAUUCCCAUUGGACACAAUCUGACACUUACAGACUUUGUUUCAUGAAGUUAGAUUUAUAUAAACAUAGGACAUUGCAACCUAAUUAACCUCAGUUCUGUAAUUUCAGAUAAACUAUGAGUUGAUGGGAGGUUCUUAGUGUGUGAAGGAAACAGAAGGUAAUUGAAGCUUUUUUAUAAAUGUGAAUUAAAAGUUAGCAGGAUAGUAAA